GCGUGGUAAUGACGCAUUUCCUUUGGCGGGCUUCCUGGACAAAUUCAAAGCUGCAAACCGUUCGCUUCAGUCGCAGUGUUUGUCCAGUUUGAACGGACUUCUCUACUUUUUAUUUUAAUUAUAGCAGCUGAAAAAGGGUGCCAUUUUAUAGCACGCUGCGAUGUCGUGGGAGUUCAAUAUACCGAUCAGCGGCGAUGACCUCGUCAAGGCUGGAGGUGUGGACCAGUACGUGGUUCAAGAUGUUUUAACUCCAAAAGAGCUGCCCGCUCACCUAAACAGAUUUAAACAGGCUCUGCGUAGCCAGGGGCCGCUGAGUAUCCUGGAGCAUUUUGACACCGCUUACAGCGUGCUGCAGCACUGGCGAACUCUGGACAUGGCUGUGAAGGAGGAAACUUUGGAACUGCUCAGACAAGUGGUCAGAGGCCUGUCGGUGUCUCUGCCCUCCAUGCUGGAUGCUGGUGUCCUCUCAGCAGAAGACCGCAAGCUGCAGCUCAACGCUGUCAAGAUGAGCGUCUUCCUCCUCUGCAAGUUCACAGAGACCCUGGAGAGUGACUCUUACAGGCAGAGCAUCGUCACGGCCACUGGCAAGGGCGCUAAGAAGAACAGAGGAGGCGAGGGCCUGGUGCAGUGGGACUCGGAGAGGGAGGUGGUCCUGCAGUGCCUGUCCCAGCUCCUGCAGCUGGACGUCCGGUCCCUCUGGAGCCUGUCGCUGGUCGAGGAGGAGUUUGCCAGCUGUGUGACAUGCUGCUGCUACAAGCUUCUGGAGAAUCCCACCAUCAGCCAUGUAAAGAGCAAGCCCACCCGAGACCUGAUCAUACACCUGCUUGGGGUCAUGAUCAAGAAGUACAACCACAUGUUGGGAGCCCGGGUGAAAGUGAUUCAGCUCUUGCAGCACUUUGAGCAGCUGGCUGGGGUGUGUGCUCAGGCAGUAGCCACCUGGAGCUCGGAGUUUGGUGUCAAAGCCAUCGUUGGAGAAAUCAUGAGGGAGAUUGGCCAGAAGUCCAGUGAGGAGCUGAGCAGAGAGGGCUCUGGGGUGAAGGCCUUUUCCAGUUUCCUGUCUGAGCUCAGCACUUUGGUGCCCGAGAUCAUGAUCCCCAACAUUAGCGUCAUUCUCACACACCUGGAGGGAGAGAGCCCCAGCAUGCGCGUGGCCUUGUGCGAGAUCCUCGGGGAGGUGCUGGUGCGCAUCCUGUCCGGCGACCAGCUGGAGGACUCGGCCCGGGCGGACCGCGACCGCUUCCUGGACACACUGCAGGAGCACAUGCACGACACGCACUCCAACGUGCGCACGCACGUCCUCCAGGUGUACGCGCGCAUCGUCAACAGCAAGGCACUGCCCCUGUGCCGCUACACUGAAGUGAUGGAGUUUGCUGUGGGCCGUCUGGCUGACAAGUCUGUCAACGUGUGCAAGAGCGCCAUCCAGCUGCUGGCUGCCUUCAUUGCACACAAUCCCUACAGCUGCAAGCUCAGCAGUGCAGAUCUGAAGAAGCCCUUAGAGAAAGAAACUGCCAAACUGAAAGAGAUGAAGGACAAGAUGACGGAGAAGUCACCAGUUGCUGUGAUCUCUGCUGUGGAAUUGUGGUCUGCUAUGGAGCCAGAGGUUCUGCAGACGGUGAUGGCCCAUCUUGAGCCUAGCAGUGAUGAUGAUGAUGAUGCUGCUGAUGGUGAGGUGGUGGGGGAUGAAGAGGAGGAGGUGAACGCCGAAGAUGAAAGAAGCGACCGGGACGCCGCCAUCCAAAUUGCCCAGCUCCUCCGACACAACAAGUACAGGCAAGCAGUGCGUGCGCUCAUUCAGGCUCAUGACCAGUUCCCAGAGUCCAAGUUCUUCUCUGGCCUCUCCGACUUGAACACUCAGGCCGUGAUGAACACCCUGGGCCACCUGUUUAAAGGGUCGGAGCAUGAGCAGGCUCAGGAGGCCCAGGCUCAGGAGGCCCGGCCGCUUGCCGCCUCUGCCGGGGACGAGAGCCAGGGCGUGAGUGCGGAGAGGGCCGGGGCCGGUGCCGGUGCGGACGAGGGCGAGCUGAAGAAGCAGGAGAUGCUGGUGCAGUACCUGCGCGACACGGAAGGCUUUGCCCUGCAGGUGGAGAGUGCCAUCGCCAUCAUCAACAACAUGCUCUACUGGAAGACCACCACAGUGGUGCAAGAGGCCAUUCAGUUUUGCGUGACGGUCUACGAGUUCAGUGUUGCCAACUCGCUGUCCGGUGUGAGGAAGAUGCUUCCCCUGGUCUGGUCCUCGGACGCGGCGGUGAAGGAUGCGGUGGUGCAGGCCUACCGGCGCCUCUACCUCAACCCCCAGGGAGACACCACCAGGGCUCGUGCUCAAACUCUGGUGGACAGCCUGUCUGAGCUGAUGGUUGAUGCGUCUCUGGGAACCAUCCAGUGUCUGGAAGAGAUUGUGCACGAGUUCUUCGGCAGUGAGAGUGCGCUGCAGGCGUCCGUGGUGCAGGCGCUCUGGGAGAGGUUCUCAGGCAAGCGCGAGACCGCAGCCCUGCACAGGCGUGCCGCUGUGCUUCUGCUGGGCAUGGCUGCACGGGCGGAGAGAGAGGUGGUGCUCAGUAACCUGGACACGCUGUGUUCAGUGGCCCUCGGGGAGUCUGUGACGGAGGAUUAUCUGCUGGCCAGAGACACGGUCAUCACCAUCUGCAACGUCACCGAUCAAAUCAGAAUGUCCAAAGGGGCCCCAUUCAGGCUUCCUCAGGACCACCAGCUCUUCAGCUGCCUCACUCAGGCCAUCGCUGAUGGGGUUGUGCUGACCUGUCCCUACUGGCAGACCUUCAUGGAGCAGGCCGUGCGCCUCAUCUACUUCCUGGCUGAGUCACCUGACCAGCUUUGCGGCCGCCUCCUCCAGCGUUCCUCUCGCCUGCUAUUGGAGCAGGCCGCUGAAGCUCGGCCAACCAACCAACCAGAUGAUGCGUCCAUUGUGCAGUCACAGGAGGAUAGCCCCCAAUCACAGGCCUCUUCCCAGGACCCAGAGGACCAGGGAGAGCAAGUGAGCUGUGUGUCUCUGGCCCAGCUGCUGGCACUCUGUGGGGGUGUGGCCUUCUGGCAGGUGUCGCACCUGGAGCGUAGCGUGAGCGCCGAGCUCCGUCGGAGGAGGGGAGAGAGGGAGGAGAAGGAGGAGAAGGGGCCCUCCAACAAGGCCAAGCAAGAGGCCAAUGACAGCUGUGUGGAGGAGGAGCUUGGCUUGAUUGGUGCCUCGGCAGAGGACACCGAGGCUGAACUCAUCCGCAAGAUCUGCGAGACAGAGCUGCUGGCAGAGGAGAACCUGCUGUGUGUGUUUGUGCCGCUGCUGGUCAAGGUGUGCAGCGCGCCCGGCCGCUACUCCCACCCUCAGCUCACCACCGCCGCCUGCCUUGCGCUCUCCCAGUACAUGAUGAUCAGCCCGACGGCCUGUAAGGAGCACAUUCGUCUCCUCUUCACCAUCCUGGAGAAAUCCCCGCUGCCCAUUGUGCGGUCCAACACAAUCGUUGCCCUUGGUGACCUGACUGUGCGAUUCCCAAACAUUCUGGAACCCUGGACUCCCAACCUCUAUGCCAGGCUGAGUGACGAAAACGCCUCGGUCCGGCUGACGGCCAUCACCGUCCUCACGCAGUUGGUGCUGAAGGACGUGAUGAAGGUCAAAGGUCAGGUGAGCGAGGUGGCCGUGCUGUUGCUGGACCCAGAGCCUCACAUCGCCAGCUUGGCCCUCAACUUCUUCAACGAGCUCGCCUCCAAGGACAACGCCAUCUACAACCUGCUGCCGGACAUAAUCAGCCGCCUGUCUGACCCCGAGCGGGGCAUGACCGAGGACGACUUCCACACAAUCAUGAAACAGCUGUUCUCUUACAUAACCAAGGAGAGACAGACGGAGAGCCUGGUGGAGAAACUGUGCCAGCGCUUCAGAACGGCAAAGACUGAGCGCCAGUGGGCGGAUGUGGCUGUGUCUCUGUCGCUGCUGUCCGUGUGCGAGCGCGGCUUCAAGCGCCUGCAGGAGUGCUGGGAAUGUUACAGCGACAAGCUGACCGAGACCGGCGUCUACCAGCCCCUCCUGUCCAUCACCGCCAAGCUUCGCCGCGGAGCCAAGCCCCAGUUCAAGGCCCAAGUGGAUGAGUUUGAGAAGAAGCUGACGGCAGUACACACCAAGGGGCUGGAGAAUGUGGAGAACGAGGAGCUGGAGUCUCAGAGCGAGGAGCACAACCAGUCCCAGCUGACCAAGACCCCUGCACCCCCACGCAGUACACGCAAGACCAGAGGUCGGGUCAAAUCCGCUGUUCCAGAGGAGAGUGACCUUGUGACCCCUAAACAAAAGGCGGGCCGGCGUCCCCAGAAGGUCAUCGUCUUCAGCAGUGAUGAGGAAGAAGAGGAUGCUAUCAUGGAGGAAAGUGAAACUCCCAAAGUGACCACACCCAUCGCUCGGUCCUCACGACGCACUCGUCUGAGACACUGAACCUCAUCUGUCCAUUUCUCUUUCCUUUUUUAAAUCAUGUUUGUUUGUGUUUUUGUUUGUUUUUAUCGGGUGCGUUUGGGUUCAUGCAGUGGCUUCCAGUGCUGGCUCAGAGAUGGAGCUGGACUUGCAUGCAGUGCAUUUUGCCAUUGUGUAAAUCCCAGCAUGCAUUGCUUUUAGCCAGCGCUGUAAGCCUCGACCUGAACAGACGCACCCUUUUUUAAGGGUCCAACCAGCAAAGCUGCCAGACUCCAGUUUUUAUCUUUUAUUAUUAUUAUUAUUAUUAUUAUCUUAACCUCUCCUUUGACCACUUGUGACGAGUGAUUGCAUAUUAAAAGUAUUUCAGCAGAGCAGAACAUCACAACUGUGCUGUCCAUGUUUGUUUUGUUUGUUCGUUAGUUUAUAUGUAUGUUUAUUCUCUACUCUGAGUAAAUGAUUUGAGAUCCCUGUAAAAGUUGCAAGACGCCACAAAAGUCCUUUGGAUGCUGUGAGAACCUACGUCUGCAGUGACCUGGGUCAAAAGGUGGUCCUGUUGCUCAGCUGUUGAGGCCUGUGUUCUGGGCCACCAGAGAGCUUCUCAGUUGCUUCCUCCUCUUUCUACUGACUGUCUUAUUUUUAUGUUCACGUUUUUAACUGGUGGUUUAACAGAAUGCUCUUAAAUAAAUCUGAAUUUGAAGUUUU